GUCGGCGCUGACGGCGUCCAAGUCGCCUUCCUCGCUAUCGUCAACGGCGAGCGAGCGCGCUCAUGCCACAUAUUCUCUGUUACGACCGUCAAUGACAUGUACGCCUACGACUACCACAGCCGUCUUGAUACCCCUACAGGAAGCUUCCGCCGGCCGUGGUCCCCCGAUCCAUACGACCCUUUGCCGUCCACGGGUCAACUGCAGCACUACGAGAUUGAGGAUGGCUAUCGUGGCAGGGCGAACGUCAGUGGCGCCAGAAGAAGAGAGGCGAACGCGAGCGAUGUCUCGGUCGAGGCGCUCGACUUGGCCGACUAUACAAUGUCCCUGCGCGGGCAACCCCCAAGGCAACUUUACGCCUACAACCCAUACGAUCAAUAUCCGCCCUCUCCGCCUCCAAUACGUCCGCUUGCGACCGGUGACACCUUCGCAUCGACCCCAUCGUUGACGACCGCCUCCACCCACACCGAAACAUCGCGAAGACCGGUUCGCAGACCGUUUUCUCUGCCUCCUCCCUCAAGCUAUGCACAUCAGCGAUCAUAUGCACCCCCAUUUCCUCCCGUUAACCUUGAGGAACCCGACAUUGCGUACCCGGAUCAGGUCCAGGAUGAGGUCGACAUCGCGCAGUUCCCACCGUGGACUAAGGGAUGGUACAAUAAUGGAGCGAAAUCCCCGUAUCCAUCCGCCAACUCCCGCGCUCAUACUUCGAAUGUUUUCGACCCCGCAUACUCAUCGUCGCAAGGCCAUGGACACGAUCCAUACUCUCCCCUGUCCGCAUCUCAUGGUUACGUGCCGCCGACGUUGAAUUCGCACGAGUCUUCACGUAAUCUGCUACCCUGGUCGAACGACCGCUCGGAAUCGUACGGGCUGCCGAUAGACUCAGAGGUGAAGGAAGAGCGGAUGAAGAUGCUGGAGCGGGAGUUCGGCGGCAAAGGGUACGCGCAGGAAGAAGAGGUGCAAAAUCCGGUUGGAAGUGUGGAUGCGAAGGGUGACCUCAUCACGGAGGGGCCGAAGAAGCGGAAGGCUGUAAGGGCCGCUCAGGUCAUACUCUCUCUGGGGGCCGCAAUAUCGGGGAUUUAUGGGGCGUUGAUCAUCAAACCCAAGUCAUCGCCGCCACCUAAAGGGUCCAUUGCCUCAUACAUUAUGUACAUCCUCUCCGUAUUGACCUCCCUUGCGCUCCUAUGGCUUUUCGCUCUUCGCCCUUGCUGCUUCCGGCGCUCAAGACGUGGGCCAGCUACCUCCGUUCAAGCACCUAAUGGCAUGAUGGUUUUGCCUGUGCAGCAGCUCCCUGGCGGUGGAAAGGCGAAGAAGAAAGGCGGCAAGAAGGGCAAGAAGGGAGCAGACGGACAGGGCGUGCAAGUGAACCUGAUCGUGGAUCCGGGCAUGUUCGGGAGGGCCGAGGAGUCUUCGUCGGGUGAGGACGAAGGCGACGGCAUGCCAGGAGGGUACGACGAGUUCGGCUCUGCUCAUGGAUCUUCGACGAGCUAUCCGGGACACAAGAAGCGGAAGCGUAAGAGGGUGCGUAGGCGAGGAGUAUUCGCGGGGCUGGCCAUGGAGGAACAGUGGCGAGUGGCGAGGAAGGCGAGGAAGAGGAUGCUUUGCUUUGAUAUCGCGAUGGGUGCAGUGUGGGCAUGUGAGUUCGUGUAUGUGCUCAUCGGGAAGCGCUGUCCGGCGGGGGGCUACGAGGGAUGGUGCAACGCAUACAACACUGCGACGGCAGCGUCGUGCCUCCUGGCUGUCGCCUUCGGGUUCAGCAUAUUCUUCGAGAUCAAAGAUUUGCACGCCAGUCGAGCAUCACCUCGCACACGGACAUGAAUCACCGAACCCACUGGACUCGCUUCUCCUCGUUCUUGUGCGGACUCGAACUGCUGUUUGCCAUUAUUGCUUCUGUACCAGUCUCACCGCGUAGUUACUGUUCGGACAUCCACAUAUAUCGUAGGUAUUUAUAUUUUCAUUAUCAUGAUUCACGGAAUUUUAUGACCCUUACGACUAUGAAACCUAACGUAAAGCUUCUGUUGAGGCUAAAUUCUAAAUCAC